AUGCAAGUGCGCGGAGCUCCGCUCAUCGCCGUCGUCGGAAGUCUCGGACUGCUUCUCGAGAUUCAGAAGACGCCCACACUGGAAUCAGAAGACGUCCGAAGGAAGAUCGAGUAUCUGAUCAGUUCCCGACCGACGGCCGUCGAUUUGAGGAAUGCUCUUCUCGCGGUUCUCCCAAUUUUGGAACGGGAACGAGAUUCAGACGCGGAGAAGUUGGAUAAGUGAGUGAAUUAAUUAAAUCACCAGGUUUCUGUACAGAAUACUUCAGAAUCCGUGCCCAUCUCGUCGAAGUGUACACAUCGGAAAAGCUGCAAAACCGUAUUCUCGUCUGGAAUGGAUACCAGGAAUUGCUGGCCGCGUUCCCCGAAAAGCGCCAAUUGACGGUGAUGACCAUCUGCAACACGGGCAGUCUGGCUACCGUAUCCUGGGGAACGGCUCUCGGAGUCAUCCGGGCUCUGCACGCGGAAAACCGUCUGAAACUGGUGUACGUGCUCGAGACGAGGCCGUACAAUCAGGGCGUCAGACUGACGGCGACCGAGUUGCUCCACGGAGACGUUCCAUUCAAAGUAAAGCCUUCGGUCUUGUUCCCAGUAUAGAUUCCAGUACAUUUUCAGUUGAUAACGGAUUCGAUGGCGGCGUGGACAAUGAAGAACCAUCAGGUGGAUUGCGUGCUCACGGGAGCUGACAACGUCGCUCGGAACGGCGACACAGCCAACAAAAUUGGCACCUACAUGCUGGCGGUGCUCUGCAAACAACAUUCGAUAAACUUCUACCCGGUCGUCCCGUUCACGACAGUCAACAGGAACAUCGCGAGUGGAGAGGAGAUCCGCAUCGAGGAACGGCCUGCGGGGGAGAUGCUCCGAGUGAACGGAGUGCUCAUUGGCAACGAGAAAACGCCCGUCUGGAAUCCGGCAUUCGACGUCACGCCCGCCCAUCUCAUCACCAAGAUUCUCACCGAUUUCGGCAACUGGAAACCCGAAGAGCUUGAGGGACAACUUUGA